AUGCACCACAACGAUUCAUUGCCAGCGUCGCCGUCAAGCGGAAUUCCCCUGUCCAGCAAUCACGUUGCCAAUGCCUUUCUCGGCCCAGAGGCGCCUUCGUCGCUCGAUUUCUCCCACUUGAAUUUGUCAGAAAUCCCAGACGACGCUGUCGACCAGCUUGUGCAGCGUAGAGCCUCGGACGACGGCCAGAGCGACGGCAGCAUCCACCGAAUCGCUCUGAGUAAUAACCAUCUCAGGACACUCCCCCGAUCUUUUCAUCUUCUACGCCGCUUACGAUAUUUGAACCUUCGCUCUAAUGCUCUAACCCACUUUCCAGACGUCCUUUCAGACAUGCCCUCACUUGAGAUUCUCGACCUCAGUAGAAACAAAAUCAAGUCGUUUCCAGUUUCCCCGGGAACGCUUAUCAACAUUCGCGUGCUCCAUCUAGGGAGAAACUGCCUCGACAUGCUUCCGACCUAUUUCCCAAACCUGCGUGAACUCAGUCUUCUCAAGAUAGAACACAACCCAAUCACUUGGCCACCUCCACACGUUCUCAAUGCUACCGCAAACGGCUCGGACCUCCAAGUCGCCAGUAAAUGGGUCCUCGCCAUCCAGUCCUGGAUUAGGGAUGACCUCGCAAGAUAUGGUCCAACCACGGAUAGUGCACGCUGGGAGUAUCCCCGUAAUGACGCAGAACCGACCCGUUCACCCGCGCAUGACAGGACCCCGUCCAAUGAAUCCAAUGGGUCCCACGUCUCCAGUUUCUCGCAGUCCAGCGCCCCAGAUUCUCCUCGCGAGUUUCGUGCGAUCAACAGACUGCUUCAGGCAGAAACCGCAGAUGGCUACUCGUCGUCCUCCGUCGAUGGUCACCAUGGCAUUCUGACGCCGCACUCUAAAAACGCAUCUUUGACGCUCGGUCGCAAACAGUUUCCCAACGGUCUUCCCCUCAACCCCAAAAAGAGCCUGCCCGAGCUCCGAAGCAUCCAUCUACGCGGAGCAGAUCGCAAGCCCAAAGGUCGACCCCCUCUCCCGGAAACCUUUCCGAUCCAACAUCAUCAAUCAUCCUACUCCAAGGGCUCUGCGAGUGAUACAGGCCACACCGUCCGGCCCAGUCCGCGGAAUAACCUUCGGGACGAAGAGGAGACGGAGAACAAGCAACUUCCACCGAUGGAUGGCGAGAGUAGUUCCUACUUCCGACGCAUGUCCACGCUUCCGGCUUCGACGAUAUCAAAGGCUGUGCCAAAAUGCUUGCUGGUCACCGUGGACGCCGCUCGAGGGAUUCUCUUUGCACUCUCACAAAUCUAUUCUGCAUUGAGACAUUAUACCGUAUUCGCCAUUAAUGAUCGCCUUGCUGGUGUGCUCAACAAGGUCCUCGACCCAGCAAGCCAAUACCUCUCUCGACUCAUCACCGCGCUUGAUCGAUUCGAUGCGCUCUGUCGAGUGGGGACGCCUCGUCCUGCUGCCUGUCGUGGCGUACUCGAAAGCUGUCGUGAUAACAUUACUGUCUUUUCCAAAGUUGUCGGAGUCCUCCAGAUCCAGCUCAAGGUGUUUGCAGGAUCGGAUGACCUUCGGUAUACGAGGACAUUGAUCAUGAUGCUUUAUGGCUCCAUGGGCGAGCUUUCCAAUUCGUGGAACGCGAUAGUCCCGCAUAUCGAAGAGGUUCAAAACUUGGUUCGUGACACUCCAGAAUCGACGACCAUAUCGACCUUUGCAAAUGCUCAACGUGCCGCCCAAGUAAUUCCGGAAUACAUUGACAGCUCUUCCUCUGAGAUGCGCUCCAAUCUUGCGCUCGGACGGCCUCGCAGGCCACCCUUGUCAGAGCAACGCCGGCGUGAAGGUGGAUCCUUCAGCAUCAACGAUGUCAAGAUUGGAAAGGAGUUGCCUAUUUUCCAACCCAAUUCCGUCCAACCACUGAAUAUCAAGCCCCAGAGUGCUGCUAGCAAGAAUCUUCGUAGUCAUCUCCGACAGCCUCCGAGUGCAUCCUCUCCGAGGUCGAAUCAAGGCCAUGGUUAUUCGAUGCACUCACCUUCUCCGUCAGCGUCGUCCCAUGGACACGGGAGCAACCAUGCGUAUUCAAAUGGACAUGGCGACUCGCCAGUCAAUGGCAUGUUGUCGUCCGAUAAAGAUACGCUCGUUGACGCAUCAAUGUUGAGUUCCAUGGAGGAAUCGACCGACUUGGCCCUUCGCGUGUGGAAGCAGAUUGAGGAUCUGUUCGAAGUUGCCGAUGAGGGGAACCCUGUCAACAGGGAUUAUCUCAUGCGGACGAGGGAGCUCACCAUGUCGUUGCGAUCCAAUAUACGGGCUCUGCUUGAUGGUGGGGAUGGAGAAAUGUACGGCGCUUCGUUGCUGAAGAAAGCUAUGGCAUUCAGUUUGGACGUGGCGAACAUCUUGAAAUACGUCAAAGAAGUUCGUUUGGAGCGUCGCAUACCUCUGGACCCAUCUCUUCGAGAGGACAUCCAAAAGCUCUCGCACACCACACAAGAGUUUAUGUCAUUCCUCAAAGUUUCUUCCUUCGCAACUGGGAAACCGCCAGCGUCUCCCGCGCCGAGUGCGCUCAUGAGCCCAACGCCCUACGAUGACCGCUCCCCCACGCCAUACAGUGCCGGUGGCCACGGCACGUCGCUCGAGACGACGCCUACGUCUUCAAAUCCACUAUGGAGGAGCAGGAGCGCCAAUGUCAUUGGGUCUCCACCGCCUAGUUUUAGCGGACCGACGCUCAGUCGUGGUGCUGGGACUGUCGGAGGGAAUGGUGUUUAUCAGCAUUCGAUCGAGUCUGUCGUCAGAGAGUCUCCCCAGUGGAGUGGACCGGCUCACCCUUCUCUUUCCAAAUUUCGCACACCACCGUCUCCCAUUCCUGGCAGCAGGCGCCAGAAUGGUGGAGUCGUGGGAUAUAAAGACUCUGAUUGA